AUGACUUUUAAUACGCUGUUAAUUGCUUGUUUGUGUGUUCCAAUUACAAACUGUGAUUACUUUAAUGAAAUUACUAUAAAAAUAUUCAGAGGAGACAAUCCGUUGACCCUCGUUCACGCAAACACAGUCAACGAUGAAGAAAACAUCACUGAAGUCCAGAUAGAAGAUGAAGAUAUACCUGUAUUGAAAACCGGUACAUUUCAGAAUCUUCCUCGGUUAAAAGUAAUUCGGAUCCACAGAAAUAACCUGCAAGAUCUUGAAAAUUGUCCAUUUUACAACGUAACUGCUUUAAGAAUAAUAAAUCUCAAUUUCAACAGGAUUAAGGUAGUUCCAGAAAACGUUUUCGCUAACUUAUCUGUAUACAGAAUAGCACUAAAAGGGAAUGGAAUCAGCUUGUUACAAUCAGGAGCAUUUUACAAUCUGAGCAACUUACAUGCUCUGGAUUUAAGUUCAAAUAAUAUCAAGUAUUUACCAAAAGAUCUGUUUUAUUUAACGAAUAAUGUUAAAACAAUCGAUUUAAGCUACAACCAAAUGCAAUAUUACUGGAACAUUGUGCCGUAUAGUUAUUUUGCAGAACCAUUCGCCAAUGUCAACCGAGAUGAGCAUUCCUGUAUAGAUUUAAGCUUCAACAACUUUACUUUUAUAAGCAGUAUGUUGUUCAAGAACGUACCUUAUGUUAAACAAUUAUAUUUGAACAAUAAUAACAUCAAAAGGAUUGGGGAUGCUGCGUUUACCGAUUUAAGGUGGGUGGAGAUGAUAGAUUUGGAAGGAAACGAAUUGGAGGAACUUAGUGAUGGUACAUUGAAGAGUUUGUCUAUAGCAAAUUAUGUAAAUCUAGCUAACAAUCCUUGGAAAGAUGAUUUUGUUUGUAAAUACGAAACCUGGUGUUAUACAAAUGAUAGAACGAAUACAAUGGAUACCAGUUGUGUUUUAACAAAAAUUUAA